CCGUCGCGCGGACAAGACGCUCCGCGAGUGUUCCCUUGCGUUGGUGUUCGGCGAUUUUUUUUCCGCCUCGGAGAUUCGCGUGUGUCGGCGUGCGACGUCUCGGACUGCAUCGUCGUCGCGCGCGAACAUGCGGGCGUAGGCCUGGAUGUGAUGCACGAGCGGGUUUGCGGACGUGUCGCGCGACAAGUCCGGGGGCACGGUGAGUGUAAAUAGCGCGUAGUCGUCGUCUGCGCACGUCCGGUGCGCAUCCGCGGGCCAGAUGAGCGCGGGAUCGCGGCGGACGGAGACGCGUGGGGACUAAGAAGUAGAGGAAGAGAGAGAAAAAGAGUGAGGGGGAUCACCACUGCUUGUGGUGCUCCUUUGUGAUAAGUCGAUCUAUUUUGACGGUACUCUUCGGUGAACGAGGUGCGAUACGGAAAUUGUGACGAGGACGCUCGCGCGAUAUCGUGUCGAAUUGCGGCGACGAGAGAGGCGGCGUUUGAGAAACGGAACGUGCGAAAAACAUCGGCCGCUUCGUUUCGGCGACACCGAGCCGCCGUGAUGGACGGCGCGAACGUGAAUGGCGGGAACGCCGAAGAAUCGCGCGAGGAUUCUAACCUCGAAAGCGGCGGCGACGGUGUUGUUGCGUCCGCAGAACUGAUGGACGACUCGCUGAGCGGCAAAACGGCCCCGGAGAGCGCGGACGCGCAAGAGGUUAACGGCGAUCUCAAGGGCUCGGCCAAGAAGCACGACGCGCCCUACCCCCGUAGAAAGGUGAGGAAGCUCAAGGCCAACUCCACGAGCGCUGUCGAGGGCGACGCGACGACGGGACCGCACGCGACCAGGGGACGCAAGCGGAAGCUCUCGGAACUCGACGACAGCUCCGAGGACUCGGAAUUCAACGGCUUCGAUAAGGGCCUCGAGUUACAGCCGGGGAGUCACGUCCUGAAAAAGCUCAUUGCUGAAGCUGAAAUGGCAGAAGCCCAACUUGUAAAACGUGUGAGAUAUUCAAGAAGGAACUAUGACACUAGAGGUAAAAGGGAAGACGAUCAAGAUUCUGAUGAUUUGAGAACCUACAUUUAUGAGACAGAUAGUUUGGAGCAAUUGAAUAUAGGAAAGAUUAAAAAGGAGAAGGAAUCUGAUAAAUCAGAAACAGAUUCCAUUGACAUACCAAAUAGCAUAGAUUCUGAGGCGGAGCCGAGCAAAAUUGAAAUAACUUCCAUUAGAUCAGCAAAUUCGUCAUCGGCUGCAAGUAGUCCAUCUGUAACAUCGUUAAAAUCAAAAAGCAGUCGCGUUUCUCGUGGCGCCAGUCCAGGGGGGAGGCAAAAGGCUGCUGUUGAUAUGUCAGAUCCAUUAUAUAAAGAACCAUUUAAAUAUGGAUGGAAGCGAGAGCUAGUAUUUAGAGCGAGUAAUGAUUCUUCCUUCAAAAGAAUGGCUGACAUAUAUUAUUAUACACCAAAGGGCAAGAAAGUUAGGAGUUUCAGAGAGGUUGCAGAAUCUCUUAGUUCAAAGGAGUUGACCAUUGACAAUUUUACAUUUUUCAAAGAACCUAUUGGAGUCAAUGAUCCUGAAAAGGAGAUUGUUCGACAUGCUAAAAAAAUAGGAAGUUCAGGAGGACCUAUGGGAAGAAAAUCUAUUAGUACUAAAAAGGCCACACCAAUAAAAAAACCUGUACAAGAACCUCCUGCCAAAAAAGCAGUACAGGAACCUACAACAAGAAAGUCUGUACAGGAAGUUGCAACAAGGAAGUCAGUACAGGAAUCUCCUGCCUCUGUUUCUGCACCUGUACAUGCAGAGGUUCCAAAACCCGCUCCUGCACCUGUUCCAGUGUCUACAAAAGCUACCCCCAAAGCGACAAAAGCAGCCUCUUCGGCGUAUAAAACAAAAGCAGCUACAAAGAAAACUCCUCAAAUAAAAAUGAAAUCAACAGUUGAAGAGAGUGAAAUGCUUCCACCUCAACGAAGUACUGCAAAUACAAGACGGAGUCAGCAAGCAGUCGAAAAAGUUACUUCCAUCAAAACUAAAAGAUUGUUAACGCCCAAAGUUCAAGAGCCAUGCAGCAUAAGAUGUUCGACAAGUAUGGGAUUAAUACCAAGCUUACAAUGUCGAGUCUGUCUCUGUUUAUAUCAUCCUGAAUGUGUCGAUGGCAUGGAAUUUGCAGGCAGUGAUGAAUAUGUCUGCAAGAAUUGUCAGCCGGAUACUAAAGAAUCUCAUACGCCGAACAAUCCAUCUUUGACACCACCUCCAUUGAUUCCAAUUAGUAUGUUAGGUGCACAAAAUGCGAAACCGAAACAUCAGACUAAUUCAUCUCCUCCGAAAUUGCAAAGAAUUCCGAAAUCUGACAGUACGGACGCGCAAACGAGAAAUUCUUCGAAAACUACCAAAAUAUCAACCGCGAAUUCGUCGCUGCCGAACGUAGACAAAAAGGAAGGCACUUGGUUUCCUCAAACGGAAAAUGAAUUCUUACAAAGUCACGACGGUACCAUGCCGAAACCGGCUCAAAAUAUUGCUUUAAUGGGCGGCAAAAGAUACAUUGUAGUACCGAAAAAUAAUGCAAUGGCAGUUCAGCCAGCUAUAACAGUGAGACCGGACAAGAUUGGCGAUAAACCGCCCAUGCUUCAAGAUGGUUCAUUCAUUGAUAUUUCGAGUAAUGUGGAAAAUUCCAUGACAAAGUUACGUGCACCUCCAACCAAACACUUAAAUAUCGAUCUAUCGGAAAAAGUAAAUAUUACACCUGAUAAAGAAAUUUCAAAAGAUGCGACGGCACAUUCGAUGGAUUUUACAUCUGCAGCUAUUACUGAAGAGAUAACCGAGGCAUUAGUUAAUAAAAAUAAUAAGGAUAGUAUAGAUAUUCCUAAAGAAGAUAAGUUAAUUGAGAAAAUAUUAGAAAAUAAAUCUUUCACUGCCGACACAGAUUAUGUGCCUGAAAAGGAAAAAGUAGAUACAAGUAGUAAAGUGUCUGAAGAUACAUCUGCAUGUGCACCAAUGCAUAAAACAGAUACUGCAAACACUCUUGAAGCAAAUGCCGAAACAAUUAAAGCAGUUCGUCAACAAUCUUUAUCAAGUAAAGCUGGUACAGUAACAAAAAUUAAAAGUAACAAGAGGAAACAAAACCAGCAGGAGUUGGAACAGCAGCACAAUUUCAUGAGUUCAGUUUGCGCCGGUUAUUACGCCUUGCUGCGUAUUUUCCAAUAUCUUAAAGUGCAAGAAUUGUUACGGGCCGGACGAGUUUGCAAGAUGUGGCAUGAUCUCGCGGCUCAUCCAUCUCUGUGGAAGACAGUGCGUAUGAAGAAUAGCCAGGUGACUGAUUGGGACGGUUUGGCGGAGACAUUACAGAGACGCGGUACGCAACAUCUAGAUCUCAGAAAAAUGCUAGUCGCUGGCGAAUCUGACAACAUUUGGAAGAAGUUCUUGACUAUUAUACCGCGAGUGACCAGUCUUGUCAAACUCGAGCUAUGCAGAUGUCCCGUCAUGGUGGUCGAAGAAGUUAUCAAGAGCUGUCCUCAGUUGGAGGUACUGAGUGCAAUGUCGAUUAAAUGUGAUUCCCUCAACUUGGAAUCGAUUGGGAAUCUGAGUCGAUGCCAAGAACUUAGACUCAAAGCAAUAAGUGGGAUGUCAUUGCAACAAGAUCUUACAUCUCUACAGGAUUUAAUACACUUGACGCAACUGAGUUUGACAUCAGUUAAAGAACUUGGAAAGAAGAAAAUUGAAAUUAUACAAGUAUUGGUAAAUUUGGAGACGUUAGAAUUGGGCGAAUGUUCCGACUUUCCGGACAAAUUUGGAACUAAUGUUUUAAUCAAAUUAAAUAAAUUGGAACGCCUCAGACUUGAAAAAGGUCAAGGAUCCUGUUGUACAUUUGACAUUCUCGAAGGUGUAUCAAAAUUGGAGAACCUCUGUCAGAUGGAAUUGGUCAAUUUUGAUGUGAAGAAUGGAUUUGAUAAGUGUCUGGCUAAUUGCAAGAACAUCAAGAGGUUACUAAUUAUACCAACUUACAUAUCCCAAUCGGCAACAUCUAAUAAUAUGGUGCUCGGAGGUGUCACAGAAUUGUCAAACAAUCUGACGCAUUUUAUAUGGGGUGUUACACUUGAAUUACUCAGGGUUACAGAACUGUUCGUUGAUCAGUGCAAUCUUAUGAGUAAACAAGUCACUGGAGAUUCUAUACCAGUUUUAAAACCAGUCCCCUGCUUACGAUUGAUCGCAGAUGUCGAGGAUGAAAACGAAAAUCAAAAAGGAGACGAUAAGCAACAGCCGCAGUUGUCGACUCCGCAAGUCGACAUCUUACCGUUGCCACAAUUGCAAAAGCUUCUCCUAACGGCGUUGCCCAAAACACGAGUUAAGAUCUUGAAAAUUCCCUUCCACGCCACAUGGCGACAAAGCAUUUUAGAUACCGCGUCGCAAUAGAAGCGGAUGCGGUGAUACAAAAAGUCAAACGAAGCGGAAUAGAAUUCAAGCGACACAUACGUGCGAAGAAGUUCGAGGAAUUUUGUAAAAUUAACUCUAUACAGUGUCUGUGCUCCAAUAUUUGCGAAUUUUUGGACCGAAAGUAACUUAUAUAUUUAUGUAUGGGUUUUAUAAAAUCUUCAACGAUUAAUAAUCCUUUACAACGUAUCGGUACACACUGUACAGCGAUUAGAGUCACUGCGGUAUAUAUAUUUAAUGCUUUUGUGAUAAAUACGCGGGACCAUGUAUGCGCAUAGCUAGAAUGCGUCCAUCUUUGCUACGAGAUAAACAUGAUAUGACACGCUCUGACAUCCUUGUGUGGGUUAAUUUAAUCAAAUAAAAUUUUGACUUUUAUAUAUUACAAUUUUACUGUUUCGUAAAUACUGUUUCAAAAGAGACGAAAUGGUAUAGAUCUGGUACUUUAUUGGAAUUGCUGUGAUGUGUACCUGCGUUGAAAGUAAGUAAUCCGACAAGAUUACAUAGUAUGUAUUUUAGAUUCUUAUGUAAUAAGAAAUUAUGCAAAUUAUGGAUGUCCAUAAUUUGUAUGUUUAUAUGCCAGAAGAAGAAGAAGAAUAAUGUCAGGAGUCAAAUGAAUCGUUUCUUCAAAGAAAAAUGUUUGUUGAUGCAUUCUUUUUUUCUUGAGGAUACCUGCGGAGCGGUAUUCAAAAUCGAAAGAGUAGGAUAGAUAAUUUUACAGUAUAUAACAUCGAGUUCCAAUUGGAGUAACAGAAAGAUACGGCGCUAUUUAGAGAUUAGACUGUAAAAAAAUGCUAUAUACAUAUUAUAAUGUGCAUCUGUAUCUUUAAUAUAAUAUUUAGGAUACGAGUUUUCCGCUGCAAAGAAACUACGGCAAAACUUCGGAGUAGUAUCGUGUAGAAUGUGUAAUAUACUUAUUAUUUUAUUGCACACACAAACGCAUAAUCAAAUACAACGUUAUAAAGAUAUGCAUUGAUUGAUAUGUACUGAUUGUGAGUACAAAAUACGUAUAAUUGUAAGUUUUCAAUAAUGACUGUGUCUAUAUUCCUUUCAAUGAGGCACAAUUUGUUUCUUUACUUCUGUGACCCUGAGACAUUAUCUUCUAAAAAAAGUAUAUUAAAGGAAUAGAGAUUUAUAUUUUAUACUAUAAGAGAAAAAAAGUGUUAGUUACACUAAAUUUACGUUUUAAGUGAUACAAAUUAGGCACAUUAAAAUUGUUUUAAGUAA